AGGGUCACACUGCUAAUCUACCUCGUGGUCGUGCGUGUCGCAUUUUCAUUAAAGUCGCCAUUUUUAAAAAUAUACAGCGCCGAGUACACAAUGACAGACGUGGAAAAGGAGCCCGAGAAGACCAUCGCCGAGGAUUUGGUGGUGACCAAAUACAAGUUGGCCGGCGAGAUCGUCAACAAAACCCUCAAGACGGUAAUCGGACUCUGUGUGGCUGAUGCCUCCGUGCGGGAUAUUUGCACCCAGGGUGACAAUCUGCUCACCGAGGAGACCGGCAAAGUAUACAAAAAGGAGAAAGACCUGAAAAAGGGCAUCGCCUUCCCCACUUGCCUGUCGGUCAACAACUGUGUAUGCCACUUUUCUCCAGCCAAGAAUGACGCCGACUACACACUAAAGGCCGGCGACGUCGUCAAAAUUGACUUGGGCGCUCAUAUCGAUGGCUUCAUUGCAGUGGCCGCCCACACAGUCGUAGUUGGCGCCAGUGCGGACCAGAAGAUCAGCGGCCGACAAGCCGAUGUCAUUCUCGCCGCUUACUGGGCUGUCCAGGCUGCCCUGCGCCUGUUGAAAGCCGGAGCUAAUAACUACUCCAUUACCGAUGCUGUGCAACAAAUCAGCGAGUCGUACAAGUGCAAGCCCAUUGAGGGCAUGCUGAGCCACGAGCUGAAGCAGUUCAAAAUCGAUGGUGAGAAGACGAUCAUACAGAAUCCCAGCGAGGCGCAGCGCAAGGAACACGAAAAAUGCACCUUCGACAAGCACGAAGUGUAUGCCAUCGAUGUCAUCGUGAGCACCGGAGAAGGAGUGGGACGCGAAAAGGACACCAAGGUCUCAAUCUACAAGAAGUCUGACGAGAACUACAUGCUCAAGUUGAAGGCUUCCCGCGCCCUGCUGGCAGAGGUGAAGACCAAAUACGGAACCAUGCCCUUCAACAUCCGCAGCUUCGAGGAGGAGACCAAGGCUCGUAUGGGCGUUGUUGAAUGCGUCUCGCACAAGAUGAUUGAACCCUUCCAAGUCCUCUACGAGAAGCCAACUGAAAUCGUGGCGCAGUUCAAGCACACCGUUUUGCUGAUGCCCAAUGGCGUUAACCUGGUCACCGGCAUCCCAUUCGAGGCCGAUAACUUUGUCAGCGAGCACAGCAUUGCCCAGGAGGAACUGAAGACUUUGGUCACGCAGCCCCUGGGACCCGUCAAGGGCAAAGGAAAGGGAAAGAAGGCGGCUGCCGCUGGUGCGGCGACAAAGGUGGAAUCGGCGCCGGCCGUUGAGACCAAGGCAUAAUCUCUGCCAAGACCCUGGCAGAGAUGCAGAUUCGAACAAUUGCGCUGCCCACUGCUGCCGCUCCACUGGUUUUUACUAUCGGAUUUCGCUGCGAUGUAGAUUCCAAAAACUAUCAAAUACCCCCAUCUAUUGACAACUGAACAUGGUGACAAUUUGAGGAUUCUAUUGUUCACAUAAGCUAAGCAGCGAAAGAAACGCAGUUCCAUUUCUCUUUCCCCCACCCCCCUUAAAAAAUCAAAUCCUCCUCUGAUGAAUCAGCAACAGAAAUUUUACCUCUUUAUUCCCCGUACUCCCCCGUACCAUUAAGCUGCUGGUUUAGUUUUUAUUUUUUCAGAAAAAAAUAGCAAAGCCAGAACUGUCGUCAAAUUGUAACAAUUUUAACGCUAAAAUGAUCUUUAAAUAUAAUUCAAAAAAAUAUGAAACAAAA